AUGGAGAGCUUGAUAAGGCAAACGAGAUAUUCUAAUACAGGAAAGGAACGCAAAGAAGAGAGCAGAAGUGCAAGAGACAGAAAAAUAUUACCUCAAAAAUCUCAAUCUUUCGAAGAGAAAAGGCGAAGCCAGAGUUGGUUAAGAAGACAGUUUUCUAGACAACAGAGUUGGGAUUAUGAUUUCACUGAUGAUGUACUCGCAUACACCACCGCGGUUGCAGCUUCUGCUUUUGCAGUUCAUUCACUUGACGAAUCAAGAAUUUGGGAUCAGAACAAGACGGCAGCCUAUGGUCCUGAAUAUGCACCCUCCACCAGGACGAACAACGCAGCAGAAGUUCGAGGAAUUUUACGCAAACGUACUGUUUCAUUCUCAGAUGAAAUUCCAAAUACAAGUUCACAAGAUCUAGAUGCCUGGAUGCCAACUAGUGGAUUAAAGAUGCCUGAAAAGGAAAUUGUCCCUGCACCAUCCAUGAAAAAAACACCGACUUUUGUUGAUCCUCUACCUGAAAAAUCAGUGCCUCGGAAGGCUGCUGAACCUUCCCCAUCCAUGGAACGAACUCGAACAAGGAGCAAAAAGCCUGAACGUGUGGUGACAACUCAAACAAGUAGUGAAAAUCCUGAAAGUGUGGUGCCGAAGCCCGACUGGCCAACCCCCGGACAAUCCACACCGCAACCAGUUGAAACCAAAAACCAGUAUUCACCGAGACCUGGAGACACAAUGGCAGAUGCUUGGGAAAAAGCUGAAAUGGUUAGGAUUGAAGAAAGGUAUGAGAUGCUGCGAACCAGAAUUCAAAACUGGGAGACUAAGAAGAAGGAAAAAGCAAUGCGUCGACUAGAAAAGACAGAGAAUGAAUUAUCAGACAAGAAACGAAAAAAAGCCAUUGAGAGGUACCGGAGUGACAUUGAGAGAAUUCAAGAGAUAGCUGCAGGAGCAAGGGAACAGGCAAAGGACAAUCGAAGAAAUGAAGAGUUCAAAGUGAAAGCUAAGGCAAACAAAAUCAGGGCAACUGGAAAGCUUCCAUCAACAUGUCUCUGCUUUUAA